AAAGCUCAGUCAAGUUUUGCUAGUCGACGGAGGAGCAGCAGUUUGUCCGUGCGCAGGCGACUCUACGACUAUCGACACGUUGUUUUUUUUAUUUGUGGAUAUUCUUACGGCAUUCUUUCGAAGUAACGGACGGAUUUAGACCGGAACCAGUGACCCAGGCGCUGUCGCUUUAAAGCGAACACCUCCCCCUCCCCCCUUCAAAUAUUGGCGCCCCCCAAUCACCCAGAUAACAUGGAUGGAUUCUACGACCAGCAAGUCCCCUUUAUGGUCCCUCCCAGCCACAAGUCUCACGUGGAGGAAGCGUCUCACAGCAGGCCUCUGAUCGACAGGAAGAGGAAGUUUGUGGACACAGAGCUCGCCCAGGACACAGAAGAACUUUUCCAAGACCUCAGUCAGCUGCAAGAGAUCUGGAUUGCAGAAGCCCAGGUGCCUGAUGACGAACAGUUUGUCCCAGAUUUCCAGUCGGAUAGCUUGAUGUUUCAUGGCCCGCCACCAGCCAAGAUCAAACGAGAGCUGUCCCCCUCCGAAGAGCUCUCUCCCUGCCGCCAGGACCGGAGUCCCAUGCCCUACGGAGAGAAGUGCCUUUACAGCUACAGUGCCUGUGACAGGAAGCCCACUCCCGGGUUCAAGCCAUUAACUCCCCCCUCGACCCCCGUCUCUCCUUGCGGCCCCACCAGCACAGCAGUAACGCACCCACUGAGCGAGCAGACCCCCCCUCCUCCCCAUCCUCACCCCCACGUAGCCAACCCGACCGCAGGGCAGCGUCCCGUUCACGUUCAGCAGCCUAUCACAGCGAGCACCGGCUCCCCCAACCAGCAGGCCCUCCCAGUCCACAGCCACACUCCGCCCUUCGCCGUGCCCUGCGCCCCCAUCAGCCAGGAUGCCAACACCUUCACACCUGAGCACAGGUUCCAGAGGCAGAUGUCAGAGCCAUGUCUACCUUUCCCGCCAUCUGACAGCCAAGGACGCCCCCAGUUCCUGCCCCAGCCUCCAAACAGCAGCAACAACAGUCUGCCACGAGACAGCCGGCCACCGUACCACCGGCAGAUGUCAGAGCCGCUGGUAGCCGCUCCUCCUCCACAGGGGUUCAAACAAGAGCUCAUCGACCCGCGAUACACCGAGCAGGGCGUCCCCACCAUGGGCCCCCCGGUCCCGCCGCAGGGGCCUCAACGCCAGGCCGGUUUCCACCCCAUGGCCAUCAAGCAGGAGCCUCGGGACUUCUGCUUUGAUUCUGAAGUGCCUAACUGUCAGUCAUCGUUCGGGAGAGCGGGGAGCUUCUACCAGAAUAACCAUGAAAGUUUCUCCUUCGACAGAGAUCAUCAGCUGUACUUUGACGACACCUGCGUGGUGCCUGAGCGAUUAGAAGGCAAAGUAAAACAGGAGCCCUCCGUGUACCGUGACGGCCCCCCCUACCAGCGCCGCGGCUCCCUGCAGCUCUGGCAGUUCCUGGUCACUUUACUGGACGACCCUGCUAACGGUCACUUCAUCGCCUGGACCGGCCGUGGGAUGGAGUUCAAGCUCAUCGAGCCUGAGGAGGUUGCUCGCCGUUGGGGCAUCCAGAAGAACCGACCGGCCAUGAACUACGACAAGCUGAGCCGCUCACUGCGCUACUACUACGAGAAGGGCAUCAUGCAGAAGGUAAAGGUUGCAGGUGAGAGGUACGUGUACAAGUUUGUGUGCGACCCCGAGGCCCUCUUCUCCAUGGCCUUCCCCGACAACCAGAGGCCCAACCUGAAGGUGGACCCCGACAGCCUGCCAGGGCUGGACGACGACACGGUGCCCCUCACCCACUACGACGACGCUGCCCCCUACUUGCUGGAUGCCGCGGAGCAGUGCGUGGCCGGCCUGCCCUUCCCAGACGGCUACGGCUACUAAAGAAGUCCCGACCCACGACACACAUCGAUGUGCACAAACAGUUCCCUUGAUGCCCACUCUGGACCUGCUGAGCUGCGGGGAAGAUGAACCUCGCACUCUUGGCUCGUUGGAAAACCUUCCGGAAAAACUCAAGAAGCCCCCGAGCUACAAACGAGGGGUAAAACCUGCGACAUAAGAGUGAAAAGGAGAGGAACCAGUGAGGAUGAACUGGACUCAGUAGCUCUGCCCCACCAGGGCGCCGCUGUUUCUUCAGAGACCAAACAAGGCGGGGCCACACGCCGCCAUCUUUAAGAAGAACUGACAGCAAGACAAGUUGCAUUUCUGAUUUUGUGACAAUCUGCUUUUCUUAAAACUAAAAACAGAGUGAAAUUGUUAAAAAAAAAUCUAAAUUCUAUCGUUGCCUUUUUGGGUCCCCGUCCCCCACAUGUUCACGUCACCACAUCUCAAAGUACAAAGAUCCGUUAAAGGGCUUUAAUUUGCAAAAACAACGGAUUGACAAGAGAACAGCAUCUUCUAAUCCCACAGACGACUUUGUGUUUCUGUAGAUAGGACUCCUCUUUCUUUUAAAUAUGCCAGCUGUUUGUACACUUUGGUUGAGACCCGGGCCUCUCAGGUUUCUGGGGCGUUGCUGUAUUUUCAGGCUAGUCAGUCGGGCUGCUCUCUCUCUCUCGUGUUGAACGUUCUUUUAAUCGUACCGCCCCGUGUAACAGAUUGUAUCUGCUUCCCUUUAGAGACUGCACCCCUGCGGUAAGAGUCUAUACAGUACACUCCUCUGUAUCAUGUUUGUUUAUCACUGCUGGGUCCUUUUUUAUCCAGAUGAUUAGCACUCCAUCUCCUCUGUUUUCAAAAGGGAUACACGAGUACAUAUUUUCCCGUGAACGCCUAACAUCAUGUAUGAUAAACGUUGAUUUUCCUCCCUUCUUAUUUUUUUGUAUUCCUGUCUGGGUGCUUCAUGUUUCCUCGUCGAUGUACUAGUUCCUCUGAUGCACCAGUAUGGCAGGAGCAUCAGGAAGUUGCAUGCAAAAAAAAACAGAAGUUUUGUAUUUUAUUUAGACAUUUUGACGACCUUCUUUUUGGACACCUCUGCCGAUCACAAGUUGUCAAGCGGAGACUUCUGCUUCUCUUUGCAUGGUGUAAGUGUCCACUAACAUAUCGCUUUACUGUCUUUGGACAAGGAAGAUAUUUGUGAUAUUCUCUGCAGUUUUAUUUUUGUGUUCUUUAUGUAUGUUUCUGAACCGGGGCAAAGACAAAACGUAUAUAAAAGUAUAUAUUUUUGCUAUAAGGCUGCAUUUGUUUUGAUGUAUAAGCUGUAUAGAUCUGCCUCUAAUAGACAUGUUCCUUUUUCAAACGGAUCCCUACGGCGCUCCUCCUGCAGACUGUUUCUUUAAGAGGCCUCUUGUGUUUGGGUUCGGAUGAGAUGGAGGUUUUUAUCUCGCCGGUGAAAUGUGUGCACGUAAAAGGCCAGAGUUCCAGCAAAGGCCAAAACCAAGACGCACACGUUAUCAUGGGAUCCAUCCCGAGCACGGGGGGGAGUCUGCGCUUGUAUCGGCUUCAGCCCCCCCCGUCCCCUCCUCUCCCCUCCCCUCACAAUGUGUUUCUUACACUGCUGAGUUUAUUAUAAUCUGUACUGGGUACAAUAAACGGUCCUUUAUGCUUCAC